UAAAGCAUGGCACCGUCAGAUAAACCAAAACGAUUCCCAGGUGAAGUUGAUGAAGCAUAUCCAGAAAUAUUUACAACUAAACCACCACAACCAACCGAGAAAAAACCCGGACAGUUACCUCAACAUAUGAUAGAUCAAUUUUUCAAUGAUGGUUAUGUAAUUGUUGAAAAGUUUUUCGACUGUGAAAAAGACUUGGAACCCUGUAAAAAGGCCAUAGAACUUGAAGUAGACAAAUUGGCCAACAAGCUGUUUAAAGGCGGCAAAAUCAAGCAACUGUAUAAUGAAUAUGGAUUACGUGACCGACUUAUCCACAUAGAGAACGAGUUCCCGGGAGCAAACAUAAUUCUUCAUAAAUCUGUAAAUUUAGCCCAGGCGUUUAGAGAUUUAUGGACUAAUGAACGGUUACUAAAUGUCGUAGAACAGUUGAUUGGACCGGAAAUAUCUGGAAAUCCAAUAUGGAACCUCAGAACAAAAACCCCAAAUAAUGAAGCUACGACUGUUCCUUGGCAUCAAGAUGCCGCCUAUCUUGAUAAUCGAGCCUAUAAAAUACUACAGCCGACAGCCUGGAUUCCUCUAUUAGAUGCUAACGAAAGGAAUGGGUGCAUGAGGGUUGUUUCUGGAGCUCAUAGAAAGGGUAAAAUAGCUUUACACCAAUGUUGCUGGAGAGACACAACUUAUAUUAUGCUUGACGAGGAAGAAAUGACUAAAACCCUUGGUACUGAUAUGGAAAAGGAUGUAGUACUUUGUCCAGUACCUUAUGGUGGUAUGUUAUUAAUCAACAACGUCAUACCACAUCAGAGUUUACCAAACUUAUCAGAUGAAAUUCGCUGGAGUUUAGAUUUCCGCUGGCAGAAAACGGGCCUCCCUGCAUCAUAUUAUGAUCUUCAGGAGUGUGUUGAAUUUAGAUCUCCCGCUAAACCAAAUCUAAAAAUAGACUGGAGUCAGUAUGAUGGUGUUGCCGUGAAAGACAUGGAAAAUGAACAGAAGGAAGAUGUUGAUGAAGAUUUUGAUAUUACUAUACAAGGUCCAUGGAUGAGAAAAUGGGAAAUAGUUCAUCCCAAUCGACAUACAGAUGGUUUGAAGGAGGGAAAUGUCUAUAACAAAUCACAUUAAAAUAUCUUUUGAGUAAAUCAAAUUAUUUAAUAAGCUCCUCUAGUAACGCCUUCCUUAAUUUUGUAAUGUCAACCUUGGAGAUGUCACACUAUCCUUAAAAAAAAUAAUUUAAUCAGAGCUGGAUUAACGCAUGUACUUUAGGAUCUGCAGUUACGGCAAAGCAAUCAUUGUGGCAGGGCGGCCUGUUCGUAACAAUAAUUGUUGUUUCUGGGGGCCCAUCAAUACUUUAAGCAUAUUUAUUUUAGAUUGUUAGCUAAGUUUUAUGUCCAUCAAUCGAUCUAAAACCGAGAAAAGGGCAUUAGUUUAGGAACAGGACGAUUUCGUAUAC